CGACGAUUCUCUCGGGAAAUAGGGUUCAACCCAAACCCGACCCAGCUCGGGUAAAUCGGGUUCAACCCGAAGCCGACCCAAACAAAACUCGCCGGCAUUUAUGCCGCUGGCGGUCUCGCCCAGGUUCCUCGUCGGCCGUACUGCUCGACCGGAGCAGCCAUAGCUAGGGUUUCAGAAGAGAGCAUCGUUCCCUCGAACGUCGACGAUGCCGGUGGGACGUCUGAGCUCCGAGCAGCUGCUGAAAGACAGCAACGAGCAGGACGCGGACUCCGUCUCGUCCUUGAAACUCGACCAGAAGGCUCUCACCGAUGUGGCGUGCCUGGCGGACUUCAAGAACCUGCAGAGGCUCGAUCUCGGCUUCAACAAUCUCGUUUCGCUCGAGGAUUUGAGGCCGUGCGUCGGCUUGAAGUGGUUGUCCGUGGUCCAGAACAAGCUGCGGAGCUUAAAAGGAAUCGAAGGGCUCUCUAAGCUCACUGUGCUAAAUGCUGGGAAAAACAAGCUUAGAUCCAUGGAUGAGGUUAGGUCGCUUGUGAGUCUACGUGCGUUAAUUUUAAACGACAACGAGAUUGCUUCCAUAUGCAUGCUUGACCAAUUGAAAGAACUGAACACUCUCGUUCUUUCUAGGAAUGCUAUAGAAGAAAUUGGCAAGUCCUUGAUGAAGUUGAAGUCACUUACAAAGCUCUCUCUCUCAAAUUGCCAACUCCAAGCUAUUGAUACUUCACUCUCCUUCUGCAUUGAACUGAAAGAACUUAGACUUGCUCACAAUCAGAUUACGUCUCUGCCAAGUGAACUUGCUCAGAAUUUUAAACUUCAGAGCUUGGAUUUGGGAAAUAACUUGAUUGUGAGCUGGUCGCAUGUGAAGGUGCUGAAAUCGCUUGUUAACCUCAGAAACCUCAACUUACUAGGAAAUCCUAUUGCUGAAAAUGAGAAAUCAAUGAACAAGAUCAGGAAAGCUCAACCAAGUUUGCAGAUAUUCAAUGCAAAACCCAUCAAUAAGAACACCAAAAUUGAGAGGCUUGAUGUCGAUGUCAUUGAUGAAUUUCCUCCUGUCACUGAUGGCAAAGAAAUCAAAGAGGAAGAGCGAAGUGACAAGAAAUCCAAGCAUAACGUGACCAUGGGCAUUUAUAGUGAAAGCGGUGGGCAAGGACAGAAGCGGAAGAAGCAGAAAAGCAAGGAUGAUUUGCUUAGAAAAGAAGGUCCAGUCCACGACAAUAAUGACGCGGCACCAGAGCAGAAAGAGAGGAAAAAGUCCAAGAGGGCAAAAACCAGCGAACUUGAUAUUAUCGACAACACCGAGGCUUCAUUUAUGGAGCUUUUCCAAGCUGAGGAAGCUGCAGAUAAUCCCAAAGGAGUUGGAGAAAAGGGUGGAAUUGGUAAGGAUGUGGAAGAUGGGUUUUUGCUGGGUGGCUUGGUUUGCAUCCCUAGUAAGAAGAAGAAACCAAAGAACAGGUCCCUUGAUCCUACUCAACUACAGUCGUCAACAGAUGAAAUUGGUAUGGGGGCUUAUCUAGUUGGGAUGAUUAGGCUACAUGGUCGAUCAUGCUACUGCAUUGCCAUCUCAAACUGCUGUUGAACCCUCGAAUUGCUGGCUCUCAUCUUGUUCAAUUGAAGAUCGAACGCCUUAUCCGAUUUCUUCUACUAGGAGGACUUGAAGAUUGUAAUGUUCUGGACCCUAACGACCAUUUCUUUUCCAAGUCUUUUAUGCACCCUAUUAAAUCCAUUCCUGCUCUUGGAGCGAAUGUUCAUUACGAAAGGCAUUUUAACAGGGCGAGUUCUCUGUUCGAAA